AUGCGUUUCACCGCUGCUACCGUUGCCCUCUUCGCCGGCCUGGCUGCCGCCGUCCCUGCUGCUCAGGACACCACCGUCUACGAGACUGAGGAGGUCACCAUCACCUCGUGUGGUCCUACCGUCACCAACUGCCCUGCCAGCUCUGGUGCUGCCUCGACCACUCCUGCUGUUGUCGCUACCACCACCCCCGCCGGUGGCGCCAGCUGGUCUCCUGCUCCCUCUUCGCAGCUCUACCUGGGCUCCCGCUCCCCUGCUGUCACCAGCAGCUCCGCCCCCGCUGCUCCCCCCGCCCCUGCCUCCCAGAGCGUGACCGUCAUUGCCCACACCACUUGCAUCCCCACCGUGGUGUACUCGACCAUCCCUCUGCCCUCUGGCACCUCCCCCGUCACCGGUGGAUCCCCCCCCUGGAACCUCCCCCCAAGCCUUCCUCCGUUGUUCCCCGGCUCUGCUUCUGCCGCCCCCUCCCCCUCGGUCCCCGCUUUCAACGGCGCCGGUGCCGUUUCGGGCUCCCUGAGCUUCGCCGGCCUUGCUGCCGCCGCUGCUUACUUCCUGGCCUAA